AUGAUUUCUAAUCGAUUUCGUUCGUUGUUAUCAUUCAACAAACUCUUUUGCGCUUCUAAACGGUGGACAACGGCAACAGCAACUAAAGUCUCUGACGUUCGCAUCUGUAAAAAACCGAUAAAAAAGUCUCUAUACGCAUACAAACGUUCACAAACAACAUAUUAUGACUGGAUGGAAGCAGUCAACCGUGUUGACAUCAAGCAUUCUGAUUUUCAUCGCCCAUUAAUCAUUCGUAUGUCUGUGCGACAAAUUCUUCGUUAUAUGCACGACGGCUAUAUUGACAAAGAAGAAUGGACAACAUUUCGCGAUUAUCUUGUGAAGAAAGAUAUUGGUGUUUCGCGCUUAUUCGAUGGUAUAUUUCUUCAAGAAUGUCUUGGCUAUCAACGUUUUCUUAUGGGUUUAUCUUACAUAAGUUAUUUACAACAUGAAGAAAUUUCAUUGACACCGACCAGUUUAGCAAUGUUACUUUUAUGCGCAAGAGAAAUUGAUAUUCGGCAAGAUUUCAGUGAAUAUCGUUUAGAUGAACAAAUUAUCUUGAAUGCUUACGACGAGUUUCUUUCGCAUAAAAUCGUUCCUGACACAACGCUUGCUUUACCAAUUAUCGCUGGAUUAACGUUAACGUCAAGGUGGAAAGAUGCAUUGCAAUAUUUACCUAUCUUAGAUAAUGAUCUUGACGGAAUGCAACAGGCAUUAGGUUUUGUUUUAACAGCAGCAGCCAAAUUUCAUGACUACGCUUUUUUCUUUUCCCUUCUCGAUACGAUUUCACAAACUGAAGCGAUUCGGUUGCGCGAAGAACGUCAACGAAUACGAGCAGAUAGCAAGCAGAAGAAUUCUUUUGAGAGUAAGAAAAAUACCGCUGCUGACCCACGUGUAAGACGGCCGAUAGCCCCGUCUAGUAUAAAAGAAAGUGAUUAUUAUCUAAUAUCAAAAACAUCUCAAGCAUAUGAAACAUUUACUGAAUAUUUAACCGGUGAUAGAAAUACACAAAUUGAAACAUUGGUCAAAUUACUGGACAAAACUGCUAGCAAUGGCUACAUACCACCAGUCUCAUUUGUCAAAGCAUUAGAGAAGAAAUUGAGAGAACUGGAUCCGAAUCGAUAUAAAUGUGAACAUAUCUAUUUCUAUCCCAAUGGAACGUCGUUAGAUAACAAAUCGAUCUUACCAUCGAUUGAACCAAGUGAACAAGAAUGUCAAGUAAUACAUUCGUGGGUUCGAUCCAAGUUUCAAUCAUUGCUGGAAUCGUCUUGUCCCAAGUUGGCAACCGAUCCAUCGAAACUACUUCACCAACUUUCUGAACCAUUUGAUGUGCUUUUCGAUUGUUAUCAUUAUCCAACACUCGAGCUUGACUGGCAUGUUCGACAUCCCUUAUACGUAAAACGAAUUAUAUACCAAAUCGCUGAAGAAAAAGGUAAACGGUGUGUAGUCAUCGCUAAGAUUGAUCUAGCUGAUUACAUUGAUUCACUUCGAAUGCCACCUGAUCUUGUAUCCGUAGUUCGCGUGCCAUACGAAUCAAUUAAAAGUCCAUUACCAUUAUUAUCAGCGUUAUAUAUGAAUCCAACAGCACUAUUGGCCAGUCCGGUGGAUCAACGAAUCUAUAAAACAUUGCUGGGUUUAAAUAAUAUCGACGUAAUGGAUCGAUGGAUUCAAACGCAUCAAUUAGUACCAAUUGCCAAACCAGAUCUUGUCUAUCUUCAAGCACCAUGCUUAUACUCAACUCGCGUUCACAUCGAUACAAACGAAUGGCUUAUACCGUACUUUGAUGGGUCGCCGUUGACUGAAGCCGAAAAUGUUCAAACAUGCAAAUACUAUCCAAUCAAUACUGUUCUCAAACAAGAAAACUCUGGCAAUGGCGAUGCUGCCGACUCCGAUGUUGCAAAUAUUUCCUGUUUAAGCAACGAACUUAUUCUCUCCGAACGCAUGACCAAAUUUCCAUUUCACUAUCGUUGUGUAUUAGAACAACAAUUGGCCAUCUGUCCUGAUCGUUGCGUAUCCAAUGACGAAUGGAAAGAUCUGUACAAUAUCGUUGGCGAACCUGUGAAACCGUUAUUUGGCUCGAUUACAAUGCUCAUUUGUGUUCAAUUAAAACAUAUCGAGCGUGGACGAUCAUUAUUUCGAUUCAUACAAGAAUAUCAUCCACAGUUAUUGACAUCAUCAUCAACCACAUAUUCAACAUAUAUGAGUUUGUUAGCACUGGAUUAUUUUACAUUGAAAAACAAAAAACACGGGCAAGAUUAUUCAGUGUAUGAAAAAGAGAUCUAUGAUAUCUACCAAAAUUACGUUAAAGAUAAGAAUCAGUCGAUCAUUGCAUCAACAGCAGCAUUAGGAAUCAUCAAAGGUUUAUCCGUUACUCGCUAUUGGCAUGAAGCAUAUCUUUAUCUACGUUUCGUUAGAGACGAUGACCAAAUACCAGCAAUAAGGGAGCUUAUACUUGCUGCUUUACACAACGAUGACGUUCAAUCAGCAAUAAAACUGCUAGAUAAUCUAAACGUUCCGUUACCGAGCGAUAGCGCGGCGGCAACAUUGUCAACUUCAUUAACUGAAAUGGUACGGGAUGUUUUUCGUAAUCUGAAUGAAAAUAAUCCAAAUACUUCUGAAUUUAUUGAACGUUUGUUUCAAUAUCUAUCUACACUGGAUUAUUUUAUGGAGAAGUCAGCCAUUGAAGAGAUGCAAAUGUUUUUCGACAAAUUUAAAGGAAAAGCAUAUCAAUAUGGUACUACGAUGGUAUAUCCAAACGGCACCUGUAAACAAUUAUCGGGUGUAAGUUUAAAAAGUAGUGAACUGAGCAAUGAUGAUUUUCAUUUCUUACAAAACUACUUGAUGGAAAGUGCAUAUACUGAUAAAGAGGUUUUCAAUACUACAACACCAACGGAAUUCAAACGAUUUCAACGGUUUCUCAGUCAACAUAAGUUCACAAUGAUUAUCGAUGGUUUAAAUAUUCUCUACGGUAUUGGUCGAUUUGCUACGGACCCAGUUACUUCAAUGAUCAAGACAAUCAAUUUUUUGAAAAAUUUAAAUGUCAAUCGAAAGCAAAUGCUAUUCAUUGCACGUAAACAUGUCACAUCUCGUAUACCAGCAGACAUUCAAGAAAAUCUUCGAUCUAUAUGCGAAAUAUUUCUCGUUGACAACACUUCCCGUGACGAUUGGUUUGUUUUGUAUGCUGCAUUGCAUUCAAAAGCUUAUGUACUAACGUCAGAUAUUCUGCGAAAGGAACGUGGUAUAGCAAACAAGUCGACUCCAGCCAAAAACACCGAAGUUAACGAUAAAUUACAGAAAUGGUUAUAUCGAUAUCAAUACAUGUUUCUUCGGCAAGGCAAACGCCUGUAUUUUAAACAACCAUUGGCAUACAAACUACGAGCACAAUGUACUCAAAAUACCUGGUUAAUUCCCUAUUUCAAUGAAAAGCCUUUGUCGUUGGCUCAGCGUCCAGAUAAAUGGUUCUAUGUUUAUAAAAACUCCGAUAAACCAUUGAAAAGAAAUCCUAUACGAAAAGCCACUAUAAUCGAUGAUGAAAAGAAAUCCGUAUAA